GCUGCAUGCACAAGGUUUGCCCAUUUCGGAGGCUGGAAUUCUCAAUCUACACCGAACUACGAACUCCACAAUGAUCUCCGGGACUAGACUACGAACUGCUCAGAAGCUGGCGAGCCAGCUUCGGGUGUCUUCCCGAGGUUUCACUAUAUCCGCUCGCCAAUUGGAGUCGGGCGCGGCGACGGCCGUGUCGGCAUCCAAGACGGAGACAGCCCCCAAGACUACCGACCCCUCCUCGCAGCCUCUCGAGAUUCUCCAGGCCCCGAACCGUACCGAUGUUUGGGCUCGUAGCCAGAGGCCGCGCUCCGAGGCGAUGACUGGUCCGCGAUUCGAGCAGACCGAUUUCUCCCAGCAGCCCCAACCAUACUCCGCCAUGGAAUUGGUUCACAAGGAGCCUGUUAGGUGGACACACGAGCGCGUGGUUGCUUGUGACGGCGGCGGUGGUCCCGCUGGACACCCGAGGGUGUUUAUCAACGUCGAUAAGCCUGAGAUCACCCCUUGCGGCUACUGUGGACUUCCUUUUGCGAAUGAGCAUCACCGCAAGCACCUGGAGUCUCUCCCGAAAACCUCUUAUCCCUUGGCAUAGAGCGGUGACGAGUUCUUAGGUUUCCUAAGCGGUUGUAUGCUGUACAUAGAAGUCGAACACCAAUUAGAACUGCUGUAUUUCAGAACAGCUUUCCCCCGUGAUUGCAUUGCAUGAUGAGCCUCGAUGUAGCUCUUUUAUGUCGAUAAAACAUUACUACCCCCGAUCUUUG